AUGCCCAUUUCUAUUGACAGUAGACAAGACUUGGCUGAUAUGAUUAAUUCUCUAAGCAUGUUGGACUUGGAUCUUUUUGGGGCUAAAUUCACUUGGUCUAACAGACGCAAUGGGGAGGACCUCAUACAGGUUAAGUUGGAUAGGGGCUUUGUCUCUCUUGAUUGGAUACAAAAUGCUUCUUGUAAACUCAAUGCCUUUACCCAAUUAGGAUCUGAUCAGUUCCCUAUUUGUCUUUCAGAGAUUUUGUUGUCUAGAAGAAAGGCAUACCCCUUCAGAUUUGAGAAAAUGCGGCUGAUGGUCCCUGAGAUCCAUGAUAAAAUUAUGGAGUGGUGGAAUAUUGAUAUCCAGGGUACAACCAUGUUUCAUAUUGCUAAGAAGUUAUCUAGUGUCAAGUCACAUAUUCAACAUUGGAACAAGUCCUCUUUUGGUAAUAUUUUCAAAAUUAAAGAUAAGCUCAAGCAGGAACUUGAGGAGGCUCGGAAGCAUAUCCAAGAUUUCAAGUUUGAUAAUGGCGUCUCGAACAAAGAAAUUGAGAUUUUAACUAAACUGCAUGAUAUUAUUUUCAAAGAGGAGGAAUUUUGGAAGCAGAGAUCUAGAGCUUUAUGCCUUAAAAGUGGUGACAAAAAUACUGAGUUUUUUUCAUAUGACGACCCUCAAGCACAUGGCUGCUAA